UAUCAUUCUCUUAUCUUUGCUCAUCCAAGGCAAAACACGCCAAAGCAACGAGCUCGGCGACGCAAUCCAAGUCCUCAGUAAGGCAAUCUCAACCAAUAAAUCUAACAAAGGGGAGAGGCCCCAAGUCAUGCCCAGAACUCUCACCAGAAAGAAAAUCAGCCGCGCUGCCAAUUAUGGCUCCGGCUCAGCCCAGGAGAAAGGGCAGGCCAAGAGUGCAAGGACUCAAAAUGGGGAUGAGACCGCCGUCGACGCCGCUGGUGACACAUCUCAGCUCACAAACGCAGACACAGAAGCAGCCGAUGCGGGCCAUGGUCAUAUUCACGAAUCUACAGUCAAGCAGGCCGACGUGCACGUCACAUUUCCUGCUGCGCAUGAGCUGCUGCAGGGUGAGAGUCCGGCCUACGGUGCCAGCCAGCUCGAUCUCGAUCUCGCGCGCGGUGUUGCGGCGGACAUGGCCCCGGCCCAGGACCUAAGUUGCGCAACUCAGAGUCAAGAUUUGUUCAUCGUUGAAGAAGCAGACCAUGCGCGAGUCCGCGGGUCCCAGCUCGCGGAGCAUACGCCAGACGCGCCUGUCGACGUCGUCGUCGAAGGUACGUCACGCUCGGACCAUAGCAGUUCGGUCGAAGUUGAGCAAGGCGCCGCUGCGUCCGCCUCCGCUGCUGAUCACGGCGAGGAGCUCGAUGAUGGCUGCAGUGACGACCAACGUGGCGACGGAACGCAAGGAGAUCUUCAGGCGACGACGAUGACGAUGCCGCGGUCGCCGCUGAGCAGGGCAAAGCAGAUCGCGCACAAGGCACAGGAGACGAAACGCAAGAAAAGGGAGACAAAGCUGAGGGCGCUUGCGAAGGCUCGGAGGGUGCGUGAGACGCAGCACCGGCAACAUGUCGGCGUGUGACAAAGGUCUCAAAAGACAUAUGACUCAUGGGACGAUAGCGGAGGUGUUCCUCGCAGAACCUUGGGGCCUCCGCGUGAACGUUCCAAUGACUGCAGUGCGCUAGUGUACAUGAAUGCCGGCACGCGUAUGAGUGGACGUGGUCGGUGUGUCAGUUCAGCUGACACCCGUCGGGCCUUAUGCACCUGACAAUCGAGACUUACACAGCUCUCAGAAUGGCUAAAUACGGCGCGUAGAGCACAUCUUUGUUACUUCCCCAGGCAUCCUUACUGGCGAGCUUGCGCACAGACGCAGCAAGCCGAACGGC